AUGCCUCUCCCUCGUUACACCAUCCAACCCACGCACAUCAGUCGGGUGCACAUGCCCGAGAAGCUUGACAAUGAGCUUGAGUAUGUCUCAAACGAGACACUGUGCAACCUCAUGCACCAGAUGGCUUCAGUGGCCUCCGUCGCUUCGGAGAUCUUUGAAGAACUCACCACCGAUCUGGUUACUAUCUCCGCUCGUCUGAACCGCAUCGAAGAGCGCGUCAGCAACGUCACAACCACCCUCAAGUCUCUGCCUACCAGCGAAGAAUUCCUUUCUGUUGGCCUACAGCAUCUCACAGCACCUCUGUCCGGUGUACGAGAGCAAGAGUUGGACAGUCAAGUGCUUCAUCGCAGCACAAAACCGCGCUGUAUGCAGGCGCAGUACGAGGCGGCAGAGCCGCCACCACCGCUUCAUGUGAUGGACGCGCUGAGGGAUGAUGGCAAGACCACGGCGCGACUCUACUCCGAUCCGCGAUUCUUCUUCGAUCUCUGGCGCAAGGAGAUGUUGGAGGAUGCUUUUGACGGGACUGGUGGUCCUGGUGGCGCAAAGGGUGGCAAAAAGGUUGUGAAGAAGAAACGUCCAAAGCCCAAAUCGAAGCCGUCCUACACUCUCGGUGUGAUCGAUUACCCGCCACUGCAACAGCAAUUUCUACCAAAGCACGAGCAAAAAACACUCCAAUCUCAGUCGCAACAACAAUUGGAGCAGCAAGAGACACAGCCACAACAAAAGCCAUUCCCUGUGACCUUACCGUCUUCAAUGCCGAGCGAGGGAAGCAAUGUGGCGGCGAGCUCAGAGUAUGGAGAGCCUGAGGAGACGCUGACCCAUCCCAGCGAGUGGAUAGCCGGUACUGCUCGUCCUACUCCACCAUUCCCCCACUAUCGCGGUGGUAGUGAUGGUGACCUCAUGGCCAGUUCGUGUGAGUCGCCACCGCCACCACCACCUCCUCCUCCACCCCUGAUGGACCUUUCCGUCUCCUCCCUAGGCGGAGCCAGUGGAAGUGGUUGUGGAAAUACAGCUCUUUCCGUGGAACCCAUCCACAACCUUCCGCCUUAUGCCCCCUCCCUCUCUCCACAACUUGACGGAAGUGGUGACGCUUUAAACGUCAGCGCCGAUCUACUUCCACCACCGCCACCGCCAGCUGUAAUGACCAACAGCUCUGACAACCUCCUCUCCACAUCCUUCCACACCGAUCAUCCACCUCCGCCGCCUCCCCCACCUCCACCACCGCUCCCUCCUUCUUCCUCAACUACCGAUAUGAUGAUGAAGUGGAAAACGCAGAGACAGAUAAAUAACCAGCGGCACAGAGCGGCACUGGGAACAGCAGCAUUGGCAAACCAAAACAGAAGCACUAGCAACCACGUAGGUGACGCUCAGCAAUAA